AGGCUACAAAGUAGCAUCGUUCAAGUCAUUUCAGCUAUUGUGUGUAGUGUUUUGAAGCAUUUGAAGGAAAAAUGAAACUCCCACGUCAUUGCAGUGUGCUUUUUGCCGUGGUUAUUAAGUUCGUUGUAGCCGAGCCUUUUUUUGGUCUUAAGAUUCAGGGAGGAUUUAAGACGGAAACGGAUAUAUCGUCUGCAGCUCAAGCAGUGCUGGCACCGUUCGCUCAACUUAAAACUAGUUUAGUAAAUUUCAACAAGAGCUAUCCAUUUAGCACUGUAGUAUUAUCCGAUGCAGCGGACGGUGUGAAUUUUCUGUACAAUGGAGUAGUAAACGAAAUGGCAAUUUUCACAAACAGUUUAUCUGAUUCUGUUCUUAACAGUCAAUCUAAUUCGACGUUACUUUUUAUAAGCAUUAAAACUGCACUACAGAAUGCACAGAUAUACGUGAAAAACACGGUUCCAGAAACAAACAAAAUUAGUGGGUUUUCCAGUAAAAUAGGCGGAACCUUGAUUGAGACUUAUAACAAUAUUGGGAGCAUUUUGAACGAUCUGUCUGAGGAUGUAAAUACUUUCGAAGAAGCCAUCGCGGAAAUUGACGUAUCGGUGGUAAUAACAUCUUCUUCGAUAUACAAAAUUAUCAACAAAUUCCAACUUGCACACCUUAUCGGUGCGUUGGAAGUUCUGCAAGUGCAGAUGGAUGUUGUUCGAGCUAAAAUCGUCGAAAGUGUAUCUGGAAUUCUAUCUUCCGAGAGUCUAAUGAGCUCAUUCACAUCGAAGUUGACAGACAGUUUCGCAGCCCUAGAUUCUUCAUUGUCUCAAGCGUAUAAUGCUAUCAUGAAAUCAUCAGAUUCCUUUCAACAACAGUUGUCCAACUCUCUCAACCAAUUGAACAGUGCCACUAACCAGUUCAAUGAUAAGAUAAGAUCCUACACUGAUGACAUCAUAGGAGCGAAUUCGUCGAUCAUUGUCAAUACCACUAGAGAGUUUACUGAUUUCUACGUUAGUUUUCUGCACACUCUGAUUCCCAACUCGGAAGAAAAAUUUAAUAGCGUCGCUUACAUGGUAACUGAUUCUGUCCAGACUGCAGCUAGUGACAUCAUGUUUAAUUCUUACCAAAUGAUGAACAAUGCAAUACAAAAUCUGCCAUCGGUAAUCACUUGCGCUACAAAAUUUUUAACCCCACUGGAAAAAACCCUAUCCGUCAGUGUACCGACAUUUGGCCCCUGUCUGAAUUUAUUAAAUUCCCAAACUAUAACAAACGAUGUAGUUGCAGUGUUAAAUACGCUUCUUGCAGACCGUAUGUUCUAUGUCAACUUGUGGACAAGCACGAUUUCUGGAAUUACAGUAAAAAGUGACAGCAGUGUUCGCAAAGCAACAGUAAUGAAACUACUAUCCAAAACUCCUUCAUCUAAUAUUGACGUCCAUCAGCCGGCCCUGGUUGACACGUUCAGCAUUUUUGCGCAGAUUGUAUCCAAUUUCAACGCACUUCAAAACCGAGUCAUAAUGUGUUUGACCUUAAAGAGCGUCGAUAUUUCUGCAAUGGUCAUCGCUGCAUCCAACGGCUAUUUUAACUGUAUCAACACCAUGUAAACGUGUCUAGUGGGCGGUUUCGGGUAAGGUUGUCGAGUAACGAGAUUUGAUAUGGUUGGUAUGGUACGACUAAUGCAUUUAUUAUUAUGUUUGGCAGUAAACG